AUGUCUAUCUACUUUGAUCAUGGAUUGGAUGAUAGUUAUACACCUAAAACUCUUUCAAUUAGAGCAGGUACUUACCUUGGCGAUUUACAAGAGAUACGUCAUAUUGAACUCAAUCAGCCACGUGGAUGGCAUCACUUUGCUUUGGAUAAUGAGACUAUGGAUGUGAUUACACCGAGUAAACAAUUGGAAGAUAAUGGUGUAUCUGAUGAGGCUAAACCAAUUACAGCUUUCGUUGUUCAAUUGGCAAUCCUCACCAACCAUCUCAACGGAAAAGAUAGUCAUGUCCGCGGUUUAACGUUCUUCUCCCCGGCCGAGUAA